UUUUCAGAAUUUAUUUUUGUCAACAUUUUUCCCCUUCUGGAAAGAGGAAAUCACACACAAACUUCAGCUUCUCUUCAAAUAGGGUUUUUCAAAUGGGUGACACAACUGGUGGUGCUUCUCUCCUGUCCACCGGCACCGACGCCAAGAAGCGUCGUGUAACCUACUUCUACGAGCCCACGAUUGGCAACUACUACUAUGGCCAGGGACACGCAAUGAAGCCCCACCGAAUUCGCAUGGCGCAUAAUUUGAUCGUGCACUACUCCCUCCACCGUAGGAUGGAGAUAAACCGGCCCUUCCCCGCGGCUCCCGCUGACAUCCUCAAGUUCCAUUCGGAUGACUACGUGAAGUUCCUUUCUUCCGUGUCUCCAGAGUCUAUGGCUGACCCCUCGCAUAAUAGACAUCUCAAGAGGUUUAACGUUGGGGAGGAUUGCCCUGUUUUCUAUGAGCUUUUUGAGUUUUGUCAGGCAUCUGCCGGUGGCUCGAUUGGGGCUGCUGUCAAGCUCAAUCGGGGUGAUGCCGAUAUCGCGUUGAACUGGGCUGGUGGCUUGCAUCAUGCUAAGAAGAGUGAGGCGUCCGGAUUUUGUUAUGUUAAUGAUAUUGUGCUGGGGAUUCUCGAGUUGCUUAAGGUUCACAGGCGUGUCCUGUAUGUUGAUAUUGAUGUCCACCAUGGAGAUGGUGUUGAGGAGGCAUUUUAUACUACUGACAGGGUCAUGACAGUGUCCUUUCAUAAAUUUGGAGAUUUCUUUCCAGGAACAGGGCAUAUAAAGGACACUGGUACUGGGCAAGGGAAGAACUAUGCUCUGAAUAUCCCAUUAAAUGAUGGGAUGAAUGAUGAAAGUUUCCGCAGUCUGUUUCGUCCCAUCAUCCAGAAAGUCAUGGAGAUAUAUCAGCCUGAUGCGGUUGUUCUCCAAUGUGGAGCAGAUUCAUUAUCUGGUGAUAGGUUGGGGUGCUUCAACUUGUCUGUGAAGGGUCAUGCUGAUUGCCUUCAUUUUCUUAGAUCUUUUAAUGUCCCUUUGAUGGUCUUGGGUGGUGGCGGAUAUACUAUUCGGAAUGUUGCCCGUUGCUGGUGCUAUGAGACAGCAGUUGCAGUUGGGGUGGAACCUGAUAAUAAAUUGCCUUACAAUGAAUAUUAUGAGUACUUUGGCCCAGAUUACACACUUCACUUUGAACCUUCCAACAUGGAGAACUUAAACUCACCUAAAGACAUGGAGAGAAUAAGGAACAUACUUUUAGAGCAACUCUCUAAACUGCCUAAUGCUCCCAGUGUUCCUUUUCAGACAACACCAUCCACUACUGAAGUCCCAGAAGAGGCUGAAGAGGACAUUGAUAGAAGACCUAAAUGUUGCAUAUGGAAUGGUGAAGAUUAUGUGUCUGAUCCUGAUGAGGAUGAGAAGUUUCAACCUAGAAGUUCGAACAAUGAUGGUCAGAUUGUUGCUGAAGUUGAAAUGAGGGAUUAUUCAGAUGAAAAGGAAGACAAGAGAGAAGAGCAUCCGCGUUCUUGACACAUGGAAUUGCUUGUUCUUGGUUCAGUGCCUCUUUUUUCUUAUUCUUGUAGAAUCAGAGAUCUUCCUCCGACAAUGAAAGCUCGGACUUCCAAGCCCUGAGGUUGGUCUUAGACACUUCUGAUGAGGCAUAGAGCAGAAACUUACAAACACUUAGCUCCCUUUGCUGUCACCCUAUUUGUUUGAAAUUGUAUUUUAUAGGUUCCGUUUUUUUCGGGAAAAAUAAUUUUUAUAUAAAAAAUAUUUUUUAUUA